CUACAGAUGUUCCCAUUCCAUUUCCCUAAUUCAUCGUCUUUGCCAUGCCGAUCAUCAUGAACGAAAACAUGGGAAGCUCUUUCGACGCGUUCAAGAAGCAGGCCUCUUCGUUUCUCAAGUAAAAGAUCGUCAAGACCGUGCGCCUGAAGCUGACUGAUGUUACACCAGCUGAAAUAUUGACAGAAGAAGCUACAAACGGAAAUCCACGGCCGCCGGACACGCGUAGUAUGGCCAUUAUAUCGCACGCUGCGUUCGAAGUGGAUGAUUAUUGGAGAAUAGUAGAGAUUCUGCACAAGAGGUUGGUGCAAUUUGAUAGAAAGAAUUGGCGAGCCCCUUACAAGGCUCUCAUAGUGUUGGAGCACUUGCUAACCCACGGACCGCAACGUGUGGUUGAAGAGUUCCAAAGCGAUAAAGACGUCUUGAAGGAGAUAAAGGACUUUCAAUACGUUGAUGAAACAGGAUUCAACUGGGGUGUGAGAGUUGGCAACUUGUCCGGGAGAGUACAGAACCUGCUCGACGACGAUGAAUACUUGAGAGAAGAAAGAGCGAGGGCACGCAGGCUGACUCGAGGAAUACAAGGGUUCGGGAGCUUCCAGCAACCCUUUUCCAUGGAUGCGAGCGGCUUUGAAGAUUCGUUGUCCUUGUCAUCGUACGGCAGGUGCAAUUCUCUUUACAGUGAAACGACCGGAUCUCACAACCGAAAGGGCACUUUGACGGAACCGGACACGAUGAUGGAUGGCGAUGAAGAGUGUUAUUACUCCAUGGAAGACCAUCCUUUCUGCGAAAUCGGGCGUCCGACUAAUAAGGUAUCUCUUCUUCCUAGUUCGAAUGCCUGAUCAAGAUAUUCGGUUUGUGAAGUGAUGUAAAUCGACCUUACUUUGGAGAUAGGGAAAUUAGAAGCCGGUUCUUUUGAUUAAGUACCGAGGACGGUGUUUCUUUUCAGAUCUAAGGGUUUGAUGACUUUGUUCAACUGACUUUCGGUUGAUUUGUUAUUUGUGCUGGUCUCAAUUGUGCAUGGUUUUUAUAGCCCAACGUGAAUGGCCUUCUAAGAGGUUUCGAGCCCGGAUUCUGCAAAUUGUGGAGCUCCCAAAAAGUUCUAUGCGCAAAAUUAUUCGCGGAUGAACAGACGUAGUUAGCUAGUGAACGUAUUCAUUAUGCGACGGAACGUCUUUCGCCCCAUGAGGUAGCUCGGUUAAAGAACAAUGGAAGGUGGAACAUCUACUAGUUAGAAGAAAAGAUCAAUAUAAUUGGGAGAAAGUGGAGUCAAGUAUCCAUCACUCUAUAUAAGAAGACAAGCAGCCAAAAUAUUCAGAAGAAGGGUUCAACCUAAGCUGUCCUAAAGGCUAUAUACGGUUGAGCCUUGAAGACAAGUUGCUCGUGAACUCAACCGGGCAUCAACAAUUGACCGAGCAAC